AAAAAAAGAAGAGAGAGAGAGAGAGAGAGAAUCCAUGCAAGGAUCCAUGAGAACAGAACUGAAAUUAUCAAUCCCUCAUCGUGUCAGCCUCAAACUCCCCAUUUCCCGCGAAAACCUCCUUCUCUAAUCUCUCUGUCCUCCAAAUUUUCUCUCUCUAACAACCUCCUAUCCCUCUCUUCUCUUAUCUUUCUCAGAGAUAACCGAUAACCAGUAAACAACCGCAAUGCAAUGAAGGACAUUAUCAACAACCACCAAACACUCCUCUUCCAUGUCGAACUUUGUGUGUCCCAAUUUCCCCGACAACCAAGAUUCUCCUGAAACGACAUCGUCUUGUUCUUCCUCUACAUCCACGCCAACCAAUUUCAAGCUCCGAAAAAUCCCUCCGAUUCCGGUUCGUCGGACCCAUUUUGAUGAUACUGAUGAUGAGAAUGAGGAUAAUGAGCUUUCUGAUUUGACAAAAGAAGACGAGAACAACCCUAUUAUUCAACCGUCUUCGCUCGGACUCAACCAUAUCAGGACGCAGUUCGGUCCUUCUCCUUCGCCUCUUAGGUUUUCUUCCACUGCGGGUAGACCUUCCAAUCUCGGCAAUAAAAAUAACAAUGCUGCAAAUAAGGAGGAUCAUAAAAGCGAUGUUGUCGAGACUGCAAGGCUUAAAUGGGCCCUUCCUAUUCAUAGUGCGUCGCCCAUGGACAUAGGGAAAAAGGUGGGAAAGAAUCAAUCCAAAUCAUUAAAACAUCUAUCAUCAGUCAAUCCUGCGUUGGAGAGUAACCAUGCAGCUUUUGCCAAGGAAUUGCAAUCUCCACGUUUCCAGGCAAUACUGCGUGUUACAAGUGGUCGGAAGAAGAAAGCCCCAGAUGUCAAGAGCUUCUCUCAUGAGCUCAAUUCCAAAGGAGUUCGCCCUUUUCCUGUUUGGAGGUCUCGGGCAUUGGGUCAUAUGGAGGAAGUUAUGGUGGCAAUCAGGGCAAAAUUCGACAAAUUAAAGGAAGAAGUUGAUUCUGAUUUAGGCAUAUUUGGAGGAGAUUUGGUGGGCAUACUUGAAAAGACCACGGACUCUCACCCUGAAUGGAGAGAGAGUUUGGAGGAUCUGUUGAUUGUAGCUCGGCAAUGUUCAAAAAUGCCUCCUAAUGAUUUCUGGAUCAAAUGCGAGACCAUUGUCCAGAAUCUAGAUGACAAGCGUCAAGAGCUGCCAAUGGGGAUACUCAAACAGGCGCAUACCCGGCUUCUCUUUAUCCUCACACGAUGCACUAGGCUUGUACAAUUCCAAAAGGAGAGUGGUUAUGAGGAUGAUCACAUUCUGGGUCUUCAUAAACUUAGUGACCUUGGAGUUUAUCCAGAACCAACUUUGGAAAUUGCAACACAGGAUUUUAGCUGUCCUUUGGUAGGUGGAAAGGUGGCGAGUGAGAAACAGAGAAAGAAGUCCCAUGAACAAGAAGCUCUGGUCAUACAAGAAGAUGAAGCAGAACAAACUGUGGAGGUUAGUACUGCAAAAAGUGUUGAUUCUACUACGAGCAGCUACCGGAUGUCAUCUUGGAAGAAACUUCCAUCUGCUGCCGAUAGAAAUCGGAAGAGCACUGAUUCCACCGGUACACCUGCCAAGGAUAAAUCAGAAAUGCAGCAUAAUAAAGACGAAACCAGAACUUUUGGGGACAGCAAUUCUGAAGAUCUUGGAACUCCAGAGCAUUCUGCAUCAACAGGAAACAAAAGAGGUUCAUGGGGGUUCUGGGGGGAGCAUCAAAAUGUUGCAUAUGACAACUCGAUGAUAUGCCGUAUUUGUGAGGUCGAAAUACCGAUAGUACAUGUAGAGGAGCACUCUCUGAUAUGCACAAUUGCUGAUCGAUGCGAUUUAAAAGGCCUAACUGUGAAUGAGCGACUUGAAAGGGUUGCAGAAACGCUUGAUAAGGUAUUGGAAUCAUGGACACCAAAAUGUUCUGAUACACCAAGACGAACAACGUCAGGUAUACAAGAGGACUUAGAUGAGUUAUCACCAAAAUCAAACUCUUUGUCUCGUCAAUGCUCUGAAGACACGUUUGAUGUCAUACCUGAUGCUGAUAAUCCCUAUGUCGUGGAAGAUCUGAAUGUUUUGUCAGACAUUUCUUGUGAAGCACGUUCCGCUUUGACGCCAGAUGGAGACACUAAAACUUCUUCGGCCGGAAGCUUGACACCACGAUCACCAUUAUUAACGCCACGGACCACCCAAAUUGAAUUGCUAUUGAGUGGGCGGAGGACAAUAACAGAGCUUGAGAAUAAUCAGCAGAUAAGCAAGCUGCGGGAAAUUGCCCGUUCUGUUGCAAAUGUAAACGAGAGUGACUAUACUUCGUUGGAGUUUAUGCUUGACCGCCUGGAUGACCUCAAAUAUGCCAUCCAGGAUAGGAAGGUGGACGCCCUCAUCGUAGAGACUUUUGGAAGGCGCAUAGAGAAAUUAUUACAGGAGAAGUAUGUGCAUCUUUGUGCACAGAUAGAUGACGAAAGAUUGGACUCAUCAAGCCAAAUGGUUGAUGAAGAGAGUUCCGUAGAAGAUGAUACUGUUCGCAGUUUGCGUGCAAGCCCUAUCAAUCCAUAUUCUAAGGAUAGAACUUCUAUAGAAGAUUUUGAAAUAAUAAAACCAAUAAGUAGAGGGGCAUUUGGACGGGUUUUCCUAGCCAGAAAAAGGGCGACUGGUGAUUUGUUUGCAAUAAAAGUUUUAAAGAAGGCCGAUAUGAUUCGUAAAAAUGCAGUCGAAAGUAUUUUGGCAGAGCGUAACAUACUCAUAUCAGUUCGCAAUCCUUUUGUGGUACGCUUUUUCUACUCCUUCACAUGUAGGGAAAAUCUUUACCUGGUCAUGGAGUAUCUAAAUGGUGGAGAUCUUUACUCAUUAUUGAGAAACUUGGGCUGCUUGGAGGAAGACAUGGUCCGUAUUUAUAUUGCAGAAGUUGUUCUUGCUUUGGAGUAUUUGCAUUCUUUAAAUGUCAUUCACCGAGACUUGAAACCAGACAACUUGUUGAUUGGUCAAGAUGGUCACAUCAAGUUGACAGAUUUUGGGCUCUCAAAAGUUGGUCUUAUCAACAGCACAGAGGACUUAUCUGGUGCAUCAUUUAGUAGUUCUGCUUUGCUUGAUCACCAUGAAAUGAAAAGUCAAUAUUCAUCAAAAAGAGAACAGCGCCAAAAGCAUUCUGUUGUUGGCACUCCUGAUUAUUUGGCACCUGAGAUCCUUCUGGGCAUGGGACAUGGUGCAACAGCCGAUUGGUGGUCUGUGGGUGUUAUUCUUUUUGAGCUGCUUGUUGGUAUUCCACCUUUCAACGCAGAAACUCCACAGCAAAUAUUUGACAAUGUAAUGAAUAGAGAUAUACCUUGGCCCAGGGUACCUGAGGAGAUGAGCUUUGAAGCAUGUGAUUUGAUCGACAAGUUGUUGACUGAAAAUCCAGUUCAAAGGCUUGGAACAACAGGAGCGAAAGAGGUGAAGCAGCACCCUUUCUUUAGGGACAUUAACUGGGAUACACUUGCAAGGCAAAAGGCUAUGUUCAUACCAAGUGUAGAUGCACACGACACCAGUUAUUUUAUGAGCCGACAUAUAUGUACAGAGGAAAGUUAUCAAGGAUGCAGUGACUAUGAUGACUUAACUGACUCAUGCAGCACUGGGUCAUUCAGCAAUACGCAUGAUGAGGAUGGGGAUGAAUGCGGCAGCUUGGCAGACUUUAAUUCUCCCCAACUUGCUGUGAAGUAUUCAUUCAGUAAUUUUUCAUUUAAGAAUUUGUCUCAGCUGGCUUCUAUCAAUUAUGAUCUGGUGAUUAGAAGCGCCAAGGAAGCAGCGGAUGCGGCCAAGCCAUCCAUUCCUGACAGAUGAUUGUUUUAGCACCUAUCAAAUAGCUGCUCAUCAUUUUUGCUCCCAGAUGCAGUUACAGUUUAUCAUAGCAUGUGGACAAUUUCAAUCGUGAUUUCUCUGAUGAUGAGGAAGAAUUUUCAACUUGAAAAUUUGAUGACCCUUUCCUUGAACGGCAAUUGAUAUUUUCAGGGAAAAAAAAAAUAGUUGAAGUGAGGAAAGCUCCAAAUCCAGCUUCACAAGAAUGAUGGAUGAAAUUUUCUUACAUUCACGUCAUUAAAACUUCAAUUGCGUGGAAACUCUAUUUCUACAGUACAUUUUUGUGAUUUUGACCCACCAGCUUUUGUAUAUAAUAUAGAUCUCAGUGUUUUCUGUAGGAGCUUAUAAUUGUUUGGUGAGUUCACGUUUUCUCUC